UUUCACAGUCAGUUUGUAGCUUCGCUUCAAAAAUUUGUAAACAAUGGCGGAUGGAGAUCAAGAAUUUCAGUUCAGCCCUCCAUACGAUCUCAUAAUUUUGGGCGCCACUGGUUUCACAGGCAAGUACGUUGUCAGAGAAGCUCUCAAAUUCCUCAACGCCUCUCACUCUCCUUCGCCUCUCAAAUCCUUCGCUCUCGCCGGUAGAAACCACUCAAAAUUGACCCAAACCCUAAAAUGGGCGGCCCAUCCCCACUCCCCGCCGCCGAUUCCGGUCCUCAUUGCCGACGUCUCCGAUCCCCAGUCCCUCCGCCGCCUCUGCACCCAGACGAAGCUGGUUCUCAACUGCGUUGGGCCCUUCCGCCGCUACGGCGAGCCCGUGGUCGCGGCCUGCGUCGAUGCCGGGUGCGACUACUUGGACAUCUGCGGGGAGCCGGAGUUCAUGGAGAGAAUGGAGGCUGCGUAUCAUGAUAGGGCGGUGGAGAGUGGUUCUCUGGUGGUUUCGGCUUGUGGGUUCGAUUCGGUUCCUGCGGAGUUGGGUUUCAUCUUCAAUUCGAGGCAGUGGGUGGGGCAAUCGGCGCCGAAUUCCGUCGAGGCGUAUCUGAGCUUGGAAUCGACGAGGAGAAUAGUUGGGAACUUUGGGACUUAUGAAUCGGCUGUUUUGGGGGUCGCUAAUGCCGGCGAGUUGCAGAAAUUGAGGCGUUCAAGGCCCAGAAGACCUCGGCCAUCGAUUCCUGGUCCUCCACCUCCUAAAGGGCCUGUUGUGGAACACAAGAAGGAGAUAGGCCUUCGGGCUGUAAGAUUACCUUCAGCUGAUUCCUCUGUAGUUCGAAGAACACUCUCGACUCUAGCCGAAAACCUCCAAGGUCUUCCAGGUGUUAAUGAGAGCGCUGAAGAGAUCGAACAGAGGAAAACGUUUUGGUCAUCAGUGAAGCCAGUGCAUUUUGGAGUAAAAAUCGGCACUAAAUCGUUGUUUGGCAUUCUGAUAAUUAUCACUGUUGGGAUGUUCAUAGGGCUGCUGGGUAAAACUUCAUUCGGAAGGUGGCUUCUCUUAACAUUCCCUUCGGUUUUCAGCCUCGGAUUGUUCAAGAAGAAGGGUCCUUCAGAAGAACAGAUCAAUAGUGCCUCAUUCAAGAUGUGGUUCGUUGGCCGUGGUUUCAAAGACAACAGCAGUGACCGGAAUGGAGAACCAGAMAUGGAGAUCGUAACRAGAGUGAUGGGGCCYGAGAUCGGGUAYCUAACGACUUCAACAAUUCUCCUUCAAUGUGCAUUGGUUGUUCUGAGCAAGCGCGAGGUGCUGCCAAAAGGAGGAACUCUCACUCCAGGUAUUGUGUUUGGACCAACUGAUCUCCAACAAAGACUCCAAGAGAAUGGGAUAUCCUUUGAUGUCAUUUCAAAGAGUGCUUAGUUGGAGCAGUUGCAGAUAUGUGUUUAAAACAUGCAUCAUAACUGCUGUGGCAUUUGUAGUUCUUUUUCCAUCUAAAAGUGAUGGCACAGUGGCAAGUAGCUUGGGAGUUGACACUCACGAUUCGAGUUCGAGCCCUUAUUUGUCUAGAAAUGAAAGUGGUGGUGUGGUAUCUUGAUUCUUGUAGGAAACAGGCAAAGGUCAGUCUGUUGGUUUAUAGUACGAAAUCUUUCUUUUUCUUCAGACAUUAUAAAUGAACUUUAAACCAAAGCUCUUCGUUAGAGGGUGUUCUGUAAAUGAUACAAAUAGUUAGUUUCUUUUUCCCUAGCAGUAAGUUUUCUCGAAAAAUUUCUUCUCUUUACAUA